AGAAAACAAAAUUUUAAAAGAGGUUGCAUCCCCAAAAUCUGAGAUCCUAUAAUGGAGUUUGGCUGCGGGAGUAAAAAGACAGUAAACUCUCGUGAGAGUAUACAAUGUUUUGGCCUAUUUUUUCCGUCUCCCUCCAUUUUUGCCUCCCCUUCGCGCUCCCGUAAGAACAGCAGAUAACCUCCCCCAUUCCCAGCUUUUAUCUGAUCCGUUUAUCUCUCCGGCAUUCUCUCUCGUCCUUCCAUUAUCUAUCACCAUUAAUCUCUCUAAAAUCGCAACCACAUUCUAUCCAUGUGGAAACCUCUCUCCUAUUCUCUUUGCCCCCGAUUUUCUCUCUCUAAAAUCUCCGCCAUUCUCUGCGUGCAAGCCCAUCAGCCACUCUCUCUGUUCCGGUCUUUAUCUCUCUACAAUCUCCACCAUUAUCUCUCUGCAAGUUGAAAAAAACUUCGGCAUCUUCUCCUUUCCCCCUGCUCUCUUAUUUCCCAUUGGCCACCGUAUUUCAAUUUUCAAUAAAUUCAAAUUGAAGCACACAAAAUCCCUUCCUGGAUCAGCAGAGGAGUCGCACAUAGGAGCCGAUUUCUACCGCCAUUGAAGUUAUAGUUGGGGAGAGAAGAUGGCGGGGAAUGAAUGGAUCAAUGGGUAUUUGGAGGCAAUUUUAGACACUGGUGCAGGGGGUGUCGAAGACAACAAGGCGGUGAACCUUAACGAUCAUGGCAGCCACUUCAACCCCACCAAAUACUUUGUGGAGGAGGUGGUCACUGGGGUGGACGAGACCGACCUCCACCGCACAUGGCUCAAGGUGGUGGCCACUCGCAACACGCGAGAGCGCAGCACCCGGCUGGAGAACAUGUGCUGGCGUAUCUGGCACCUCGCUCGCAAGAAGAAACAGUUGGAAGGGGAGGAUAGCCAAAGGUUGGCAAACCGGAGGUCAGAGAGAGAACAGGGCCGAAGGGAUGCAACAGAGGAUAUGUCAGAGGACUUAUCAGAAGGUGAGAAAGGGGAUGUGAUGGGGGAGAUGGUUCAGAGUGAGACCCCCAGGAGGAAGUUACAAAGGAACUUCUCUGACCUCCAAGUCUGGUCUGAUGAUGACAAGGCGAAGCGCCUCUAUAUUGUCCUAAUCAGUUUGCAUGGACUGGUGCGUGGGGACAACAUGGAGUUGGGCCGUGAUUCAGAUACAGGUGGUCAGGUCAAGUACGUUGUUGAGCUUUCUAGGGCAUUAUCCAUGAUGCCAGGGGUAUACAGGGUGGACCUCUUUACUCGCCAAAUAUCAUCACCCGAAGUGGAUUGGAGUUAUGGAGAACCGACAGAGAUGUUAACCUCAGGAUCAUAUGGGCAUCGUGAUGGCCGUGAUGUGGGAGAGAGCAGUGGGGCUUAUAUUAUACGCAUACCAUGUGGCCCAAGGGACAAGUAUCUAAGGAAAGAGUCUUUAUGGCCUUAUGUUCAAGAAUUCGUUGAUGGAGCCCUCGCCCAUAUACUUAACAUGUCCAAGGUUUUGGGCGAACAGAUUGGUGGGGGCCAGCCAGUUUGGCCCUAUGUGAUUCAUGGCCACUAUGCGGAUGCAGGUGAUAGUGCUGCACUCCUUUCGGGUGCCCUAAAUGUUCCAAUGGUUCUAACAGGGCAUUCAUUAGGGAGGAAUAAGCUUGAACAGCUUCUAAAGCAAGGAAGGCAAUCGAAAGAGGACAUCAAUGCGACAUAUAAGAUAAUGAGGAGGAUAGAAGCUGAAGAAUUAUCUCUAGAUGCAGCGGAACUAGUUAUAACGAGCACUAAGCAGGAAAUUGAGGAGCAGUGGGGCCUCUAUGAUGGUUUUGAUGUCAAGCUUGAAAAGGUGUUGAGGGCUCGCGCAAGAAGGGGGGUUAAUUGCCAUGGCCGCUAUAUGCCUCGGAUGGUGGUAAUUCCUCCAGGUAUGGAUUUCAGCAGUGUGAUUCAAGAGCAAGACCCAUCUGAAACUGAUGGAGAACUGGCUGCUCUGAUAGGAACUGAUGGGACCUCCCCAAAGGCAAUUCCACCCAUAUGGUCUGAGGUAAUGCGCUUCCUGACAAAUCCUCACAAGCCAAUGAUCCUGGCACUGGCAAGGCCGGACCCUAAAAAGAACAUAACCACACUCUUGAAAGCGUUUGGAGAAUGUCGACCAUUGAGGGAUCUUGCAAAUUUGACACUCAUAAUGGGCAACAGGGAUGACAUAGACAAGAUGUCAUCAGGAAAUGCUAGUGUCCUCACUACAGUUCUGAAGAUGAUUGACAAGUAUGACUUAUAUGGGUUGGUAGCCUAUCCAAAGCAUCAUAAGCAAGCUGAUGUUCCAGAUAUAUACCGCCUUGCUGGCAAAACAAGGGGUGUCUUCAUAAAUCCAGCUUUGGUUGAGCCAUUUGGACUAACUCUAAUCGAGGCUGCUGCACAUGGACUGCCAAUGGUGGCCACUAAGAAUGGUGGCCCAGUUGACAUUCAUCGGGCGCUAAACAACGGACUUCUAGUGGAUCCUCAUGAUGAGAAAGCCAUCGCUGAUGCAUUACUAAAGCUAGUUGCUGAGAAGAACCUAUGGCAUGAGUGCAGAUGGAAUGGAUGGAAAAAUAUUCACCUAUUCUCAUGGCCAGAGCAUUGUAGGACAUACCUAUCUAGAGUGGCUGCAUGCAGGAUGAGACACCCACAGUGGAAGACCGACACCCCAGUCGAUGAUACAGUGGUUGAGGAAUCAAUGGGUGACUCACUAAAGGAUGUUCAUGACAUGUCUCUUAGACUAUCGGUAGAUGGAGAUAAAAUUUCUGUCAAUGGUUCUUUGGAGAAUGACCCAGCUGAACUGGAAAAGAUGGUCGCCUUGAAGGGUGAUAAGGAGGUUAGUGACCAGGUUAAGCGGGUUUUAAGUAGGCUAAAGAAACCUUCAGCUGCCACCCUGGGUGCAGAAGCAGGGAAGAAACAGGGAGAGAACACAAUGAAUAAGUAUCCCGUUCUAUGGAGGAGGCGGAAGUUGUUUGUUAUAGCCUUGGAUUGCUAUGAUGAUCAUGGGAAACCGGAGUCAAAAAUGCUUCAGGUUAUUCAGGAGACAUUCAAGGCGGUGAGAACAGACCCUUCAGCUGCUAGGUUCUCAGGCUUUGCUUUAUCAACUGCAAUGCCAGUUUCAGAAAUACUGAAGCUAUUGGAAUCAGGAAAGAUUCAGGUCACGGAGUUUGAUGCUUUGAUAUGUAGCAGUGGGAGUGAAGUAUAUUAUCCGGGUACUUAUCAAUGCAUGGAUGAAGAAGGAAGGCUUUGUGCUGAUCCUGAUUAUGCUUCUCAUAUUGACUAUCGAUGGGGGUGCGAUGGUCUAAAGAAAACCAUUUCGAAAUUGAUGAGCUCAUCUGAAGGGAAAGAUGAGAGCAUCAUUCAGGAAGACAAGGCUUCAUGCAAUAGCCACUGUGUUUCGUAUUUUAUCAAGGACUCCACUAAGGCAAGGAAAGUGGAUGACCUAAGGCAAAAGCUGAGGAUGCGUGGAUUGCGAUGCCAUCUAAUGUAUUGCAGGAACUCUACACGAUUACAAGCCAUUCCUCUACUAGCUUCUCGGUCACAAGCAAUAAGAUACCUAUUCGUUCGCUGGGGUUUGAACGUGGCCAACAUGUAUGUCGUCCUUGGUGAGACAGGUGAUACAGACUAUGAGGAGCUGGUAUCAGGGUCUCACAAGACACUUAUUCUCAAGGAUUUGGUUAAGAAAGGUUCAGAGGAGUUGUUGAGGACGUUAGGGAGCUAUCAGAGAGGUGAUAUGGUCCCUGAAGAGAGUCCAUUGGUGGUCUGCACUAAUGGAGGGCAGACAGCUGAAGACAUUUCAAAUGCUUUGAAGCAAGUCUACAAAGCCACUGUUGGAUUGUAAAAAAUGGAUGGGUAUCAUGGGGAAGUUUGGUCUCAAAUCUCUUUUUUUUUUUUUUAUUAAUUAACUGGCAUUCGUUUUGCAGCACAUAAAGAGAGGAACUCAUAUCUGAUUCCUUGAUGGAAAUGCAAACAUGUACACUAUUUAAGCAGUUGCCAUUCGAACCACGUAGUGACUUCCACCAAUCUGAACUUCUGAAGGUAUUGGGGCCGACAUUAGAAGGGAAGGAUUACAGUUCCCAAUGUGGAGAAGAGCAUAGUUCUAUAUCAGAGAUGAUUUAUGUAUCUUUUAUUCUUAAUAAAAAUAUGCAUCUCUGGAAACAUGAUUGGUCAAGAUCUACGAGUACUAGCAUUUAUACACAUUACAUACAGAGGAAU